GAUUAGCAUUAGUCGUUCCACGGAAGCUGCUGCGAGAGAUAGUUUUCAAAAUCCAAAAUACAAAAAUCAUUAUGAAGUUCAUUGCUGCUGUCUGCUUGAUUUUUGCUCUGAUGGGCCUUGCCUUGGGCCUCAAGGAUCCCAUCUGUGGACAACCUGCUGCUGUUGAGGGCAAUGGUAUCAUCAAGUGCGCCGCCUUUAUUCCCAGUUUUAGUUAUCAUGCCGAAUCCAAUUCCUGCAAAGAUUUCGUCUACGGCGGCUGCGGUGGCAAUGAUAACCGAUUCCCGACCCAGGAGUUGUGCGAGAGCAAGUGCAAGGAAUAACUUUGGGAAACCCCUUGUGAUUAAAAAUAAUAUUCAACAAUAAAAAAUAUGUUUCAAUGAA